AUGGACUCCCCAGCGGACUUCUUGGACGAAGAUGAAGCGGUUUUUCCUUGCAAAGGAUGUGGAGAAAUUCUUGAGGAGGGCAAAGCUUUUGAGCUUGCUGGUAAUCGGUGGCAUCUGAACUGCUUUCGAUGCAAUACCUGCGGAACGCUCCUCGACUCGGAUGCGAACCUCCUCCUCCUCGGCGAUGGCUCCCUGAUUUGCAACAAUUGUACAUACAGCUGCAGUGCCUGCGGAAACAAGAUCGAAGAUCUAGCAAUUCUCACAGGCGACCAGGCGUUCUGCGCAACAUGCUUUCGUUGUAGGAACUGUAAGCGCAAGAUCGAGAACCUCCGAUACGCGCGAACUUCACAAGGCAUAUUUUGCAUGAGUUGUCACGAGUCUUUGAUGGCACGGAGAAGGAAGAAAUCAAGAGCUGCAGCAAAUGCGAAGUUGAAAAAGGACGACCAGUCUCCCAUGCUUGUCGACAAGUCCCUCCCCGCCCUGCCGCCAAACGCGAUGUCACAAAAUGCUUUUUCCCCAGAUCGAGAAACGCCUGAUUCUUUAGACACUGAUACUCCGACUGAACUUUCCCCCAGACCGCGUCAAGGCUACACGCAGAACGAUUCCUCGUCACGAAGCAGCUCGCGACGACCCCCUGAGCGAUCACCGGAACGUACAUCCAGUGAUACACAAACCAGAGACGGGUUGACCCUCCCCACGACAACUUAUCGAAACAACCGCCAUUCGACUAUCUCACCGGCAUCAGACGUCAAUGGCGAUGAUGGCGAAAGCUUCUUCAUACCCCUUGCUUUAGAUCCAAGCCCCGCUCCGAAUGUGACCCCGCGCUCAACCUCCGAGACAAGGGUUGACCCGUCGAAGAAAAGCAAGGAGAACAAGGCACCCGAGAAGGAUUACUUUGGAUCCAAGAGCAAUGGACGGAGCGAGCCUCAGAAGUCCAGGGAACCAAGUUCGUCUUCCUCGACUCCGCAUAUCGCCUUCCAAGAAAAGGGUCGACAGCCUUCUGCGGAAGAGACGGCGCAGAUUAAGGAUAGCAUUCGGAAGGCCCAGGCUGGAGGCAAGGCCUCGUCUACGAAAGCCUCCCCUGCCAUUGGAGCUGACGAUACUCGGGUUCAACACGCCAACUCUCCGAAGUCGAACGGGCAUGGCAAGACUCAGUCCUCUGCUGACAAGUUCAAACUAGGAGAGGUCCCAAAGGGGAAGAAAGCGGGCAAUUCAAGAAGCAACUCACAGUCUGAAAUCAGUGAUAGCAGUGUGUCUCGCUCCACGUCUGGUGGGCUAUCGGCUCCGCCUCGGAAAGAAGUUGGUGUCACAAUCACCAGGACUGAUUCACCGAAGCCAUUGCUCUCUGCAGAAAAUACAGGGACGCCUCGUUCUUCUCAAGAGUCAAGACUGAGAGAUGACUUGGAACCCCGACGAUCCACAGAGUCUAGAGAUUCGUCUUGGCCAAUCUCAAGACUAGAUUCUGGCAGCACAUCAAGGUCGAUACCUCGAAAGGAGUUGGCAACUGGAGCAGUAAAGAAUACCAUCAGCAGCUCCUUGGGCUCAUCAUCUGGUGCGGAAACAUCGCCAUCGUCUGAUUCUUCCUCCGAUACACCAGGCCUUACCCCAACGGUCAAUGGGAAGAGCAUUUCGGGACCCUUGAAUUUGCAAGCCUUGGUGAAGGAUGAAUUGGCACCCCCAACUCGCGCACCCAAUCGUCCAUCAGGUCCACAACAGCAACUCAGCGAUUCUUAUAUGGCUCCCCGCGCCCCGCCACAACCCCCGCCAGUCGGGUCCCAUGCAGCAAAGGAUUCUAGCGGCUCUUCCAAUGGUGUCCCGGUCUCACCAAAAUUGCCACGAUGGAGCGCCGGCGGGGAUUUCACGAUGGAUGAGGAUAUGGCGCGGAUACUGGGAGGAACAGAUGAGAGCUCACAAUCGAUUCUGCGCCGGGUUUCCAACGCUGUGCGUCACGGCAGGACCAACAGUGAAGCAAGCAACCCUGCCCGCUAUCCCGGCCAUGGACGCAGCGUAAGUGAGACGACGACACGGACAGCUGCGUCACCUCGUUGGCCAAAAACACCAAUUAUUGAAGAUUCCAGCGCGCCUAGAGAUAUCAGCAGUCCCAUAUCAAUUACCUCGCCUGUCUCUGGAGACGAUCCUGCUCUACUUAGAAGACAACUUCGUAAUUCAGAACAACGUGUCGCCGAACUCGAACGUCAAUUCUCAAGCGAGAAGGACCUCAAAUCAAUCAACAAGAAGUUGAUCGAGAAGAGGAAAACUGUCUCGGUCCUGGAUUCGCAAGCAGAGCUCAUGUUUCAACAGCUGGAGGUCCUGACAGCUCAUGUGCAAAGGGCAAAGGAUACUAAGCAGCCCAUCAAUAUGGCAGAGUUAGAAGACUUGGCGAUCAAGGACUUUGUGCAGAGAAUAGAGCGAUUGAAGCAGACCAUGUCAACCAGCGUGGAGGCAUUGUAUGAGGAGCGAAAUACACUUCUGGAGGAAAAGAGCGCGAUCAUGGCUGACCGGGACAGAGCUUUGGUAGACUUUGAACAGUUAUCCUCGAAGAAUGCCCAACUCGCCGAUAUGAAUAACGAUCUAACGCACCAAAUACAAGAACGUUUCAAGGCUCAGAGUGGAAGCAGCAUGGAUAGUCCGAGACCACCAAUAGGCGGAUUGGGAAUCUAUACACACCAUAGCAAGGACAAGUCGAAUGUCUCUGUGCAGCUGGACGAUAGUCUGCGGCCCUCAACUAGCACAGCCCUUUUCGGCUCGGUCAAUGCCUAUCCUCAGGCUAUGGAUCAGGAUCCAAGUAUGGAACCUGCGACAGUUCUCUCUGCUCCACAUGUGGUCAACAUCCGGAAGGGCCAGGCGAAGAAGUUCAAUUGGAAGAAGGGUGGUCAAACAGUUGCAAAGGGCGUUUCCAAGGGUUUCAAGGGCGCAUUCUCUUCAGCUCAGCAAGAACGUAAUCAACAAUGGGCAGGCCAAAAUGGCGACAGCAUUGGGAUGCCGUACAAUAUGACGGUGGCUCCCAUUGAAUCCCCUGCUGCUACUCAAUCUGGUAACCUUCCGCGACCCGGGACCAAUGACCCUAGACAGGGGGGAGGCUUUGGUUUGUUCAAGAAGUCCAACACCAUGCCGAAGCUGAGUUCGAAUGGAGCACCCUCAGUUGCGGAACAUCCCUCAACACUGUUUGGAUCGGACUUGGUCGAACGAGCUGAUUACGAACGCCGCCAAAUCCCAAGCGUCGUCACACGUUGUAUUGAGGAAGUUGAGCUACGAGGCAUGGAUAUCGAGGGAAUCUACCGGAAGACCGGCGGAAACAGCCAAGUCAAGCUGAUCCAAGAAGGAUUUGACAAGACCGAAGACUACGACAUUUCGGAUCCUGGAUUGGAUAUCACUGCCGUGACGAGUGUUCUCAAGCAGUACUUCAGAAGACUACCAACACCACUCCUGACCUUCGACGUCUAUGACCGUGUCCUGGAAUCAAUCUCCAUUGAGAAUGACCAGGAGCGGUGCGCUCACCUGAGAACGACCUUCAAUAUGCUCCCUCCCAAGCAUCGCGAUUGUCUCGAGUUUUUAAUCUUCCAUCUCGUUCGCGUUGCCAAUAGAGAAAGCGAGAACCUGAUGACACCUAAGAAUCUUGCCGUGGUCUUCGCACCUACGAUCAUGCGAGAUCUCAGCAUUGAUCGAGAAAUGACUGACAUGCAUGCCAAAAACAAUGCAGUGCAAUUUGUCAUCGAGAACAGCAACGAAAUAUUCGGCCCUCCUUGA